UCGCCGCAGAGUCAUACGUGGAUUGCGGUACCAUCAUGACGAAUACUGCAGAUAUCAGGUCUGGCAAGGUAUACGUUCGUGGCAAGUGCUACAGGAGCCAAAGCAAGAAUGGUCCACCUUAUGUCACAUGUCUUGUGCUGUGCCCAAGUACUGGGUUGGUGGCAGACUCAUGGUGCCAGUGCCCUGCCGGUGUUGCUGGAGCAUGCAGUCACGCCAUGGCCCUACUUUGCACAGUGUCCCUCCUGAAAAAGCAUGGGUUUGACGAGUCUCCACCUGAACUGGCGUGCACAGAGCUCCCACAGCGUUGGCGCCGUCCAAGGCAAGCUGCCAUGAGAGCAGCAAGUAUUCAAGACAUCGAUUGGAGGAAGCACCGAGAAGGAGGAAAGGAAACACCCACAUGGUCGCGUCUCUUUGACCCACGAAGAGAGGACAACCGCGAGGAGAGCAUGAACAGUGACGUCAAAAGCCUGGCUGAAUGUCUUGUAAGGAAAGGACACCAAUUUGCUAUUGUGCUCCAAGAGGGAUCAAAGCUGCCAUUCAGUGAAACAAAAUUUGGUGAAGCCCUGCAAGGUUCACCUGCCACGUAUCAGCAGUCUCGCAAGCCUGCACAAUUAGAAGUAUGGCGGUCACAGAAUAUUGAAAUAGUUACAGAAAUAUGUGACCCAGGAGUGCCCACUAGGAUCAAUCUGUUUGAAGAUGCUGUCGCUGAGUAUCAACUACCACCACUUCUCGACAAGUGCCAGGCAGAUAUCUUGAAGGAAAUUGUUCUCACAAGCGAGGACGCAAGAGUUCUUGAACGGAACACCCGUCAGCAGGCGAGCAGUAAAGGAUGGCUCUCUGCAAGGAAGUUGCGGCUUACUGCGUCACAAUUUGGCCAUGUUUUGCACCGCUCUCAGUGGACUGAAAAGGGACUGAACAACCUAACUGCUCAACGUGACCUGUCCAAAGUACGAGCUGUGGCAUAUGGAAGAAAACACGAGGAUGUUGCCGCACAGUGCUACGAAGGUGUAAUGAGACGACUUGGGCAUGAUGUCGCACUAUCAACAGCCGGCAUUGUGGUGGAUCCAAGCUGCCCUUGGUUGGGUGCCUCACCAGAUAGAUUCGUGCAUGACCCCACAGAGGCUAAACCUAAUGGUGUGCUUGAGAUCAAGUGUCCGUAUACAUUGAAGGACAGCGAGCCUUCUUUUGCCAAGAAUAACAUACCAUAUUUGACUCUUGACGACCAAGGACACCCAAAACUGAAGAGAAACCACAGCUACUAUUAUCAGGUGCUGGGCAAAUGGCACUGACUGGCUGUGAAUGGGGAGACUUUGUUGUUUGGUCACAAAAGUGGCUGGCAGUUGAACGAAUAUACUUCGACUCAGAAGGCUGGAUGUCUACAAAGGGGGCCCUUGAUUCAUUUUACUUCAGAAUUUUGCUGCCCUACUUGGCAUCACAAACCCAGAAAACACAACAGAGCGUCUCGGCCUAAUGUGCAAUGACUACAAUGUGAUAUGAUACAUGAUCAAAUGACCUUUAGUACAAAUAUUUCCCUGUUUAGAUUUAUAUUUAUAGCGCAUUCUUUUAGGACAUAUCUGUCCAAUGUGAUAUUUUGUGCCAGCACCUAUAUGUUACAUGUGACUGUGUACGUCCUUGGCCUCGUGCAGAAUGACAGUGGAAUGAUCAGAGUUGCACGUAACGCGUUACUAGUAGUCAAUUACUUUUUCCAGCAAAUUUUAACGCAAUCAAUUAAUUUUGUGAGCAAGUACUUUGCCAAGUAAUCUGAUUAUAAUUUUCGGUGAUCAAUUACUGAGCAAUCGAUUACUUCUUAACCUUCUGUCACCAAUGGAAACACUUUUCAGCAAGCCAAUCUAUUCUUCUGUUCCACCACGAGUUCGACUAAAGCAAUGACGUAGUGGUCACUGUGACGGCCGUUCUAGUCCACACGUGUUCCAUGCACACCACAGUAAUAUGAUAAUCCCUUACAACCGCGACCUACUGGAGCAACAGUAAAAUAGGUGACUAUUUUGAUAAAUUUUGUGGGCUGAACAUAACAGUAGUUACAAAACGAAGCGGAUGUUUCGACGCCUAUACGAUCGUCCUCAUCUGGGACAGUAGGCGAGAAAUUUAAAAGUAACACGUUACAUUUUUAAUCGGUAACGUAUUAAAUUUUUGAUGAAGUAAUUUGUAACGGUAAAUAGUUACUUUUCGCGUAGUAGUGACAGGAAUUGUAAUCAAUUACUUUUUUUUAGUAAUGUGUACAACUCUGGGAAUGAAACAUGAUCAAGUGACCUUUACUGCAAAAAUUUGCCUUUUUAGAUAUAUAGGUGUAUUUAUAGUACAGUCUUUUAGGACAUAUCUGUCCAACGUGACAUUUUGUGCCUGUGUUGUUCUUAGAU